GAGGCCGCGCGGGGACAGGAGCCUGGGGUUCGAGUCCCCCCGGGGAAGCUGCCGCCAAGGGGCCGCAUCCCCGGAGCCCAGGCCUGGGCGCUCGUCUAGGCCCUGGGGGCAGGGGAGUCGGCGGUCCGCGGCCGCACAGGUGUCCGGGUGGCGGCGCCCGAGCCCCCACCGGCGGGGCGGGCGGGAGGGAUGGGCGCCGCCCGUGCGCGGGGGCCGGGGCCCGAGGGGGAGGUUCCCGCGAGGUGGUUCUCGGGCUCCUCCUCGGCGCUCAGGUUUCCUCUCCCGCCCGCCGGCUGCUGGCUGCGGCGCCGCCUCCCUCCCCGCCACGGCCGGGCCCACUCUGCGGCCUCUGCCCGCCUCGCCCCCGCCCGGGCCUCCUCCAGCUUUCUCUCUCCGCUUCCCCUCGAACCUCCGGAGGAGUCCGCAGCCGCGGGGCGCGUGGGAAGAUGGCGGCAGCGGGAGGCGGUAGCGGCGAGGGGGGCGCGGGCCUGGGCGGCGCGGCGGGGCCAGGGUCGCGGGCGCGCGGGCCGAGCCCCUCCGCCGGCGCGAGCGAGGACGCCCGGGGCCCCGCGCCCAGCGCGCUGCACCCCGAGGAGGUCGCCGCGCGGCUGCAGCGGAUGCACCGGGAGCUGAGCAACCGCAGAAAAAUCCUGGUGAAAAACCUGCCCCAGGACAGCAACUGCCAGGAAGUUCAUGAUUUAUUACAAGACUAUGAGUUAAAGUAUUGUUAUGUGGACAGAAAUAAGCGAACAGCUUUUGUUACCUUACUGAAUGGGGAGCAAGCCCAGAAUGCAAUUCGGAUGUUUCAUCGAUAUUCUUUUCGAGGAAAGGACUUAAUUGUUCAGCUCCAGCCAACAGAUGCUUUGCUGUGUAUUACCAACUUGCCCACUUCUUUUACAUUAGAAGAAUUUGAAGAACUUGUUCGUGCUUAUGGAAAUAUCGAGAGAUGUUUUCUAGUAUACAGUGAAGUUACUGGCCAUUCCAAAGGCUAUGGAUUUGUGGAAUACAUGAAAAAGGACUUCGCUGCAAAGGCUAGAUUGGAGUUAUUGGGUAAACAGUUGGGAACUUCAGCUCUGUUUGCACAAUGGAUGGAUGUUAAUCUAUUGGCCCCAGAACUCAUUCAUUCUAAGUGCCUUUGUAUAGAUAAACUCCCUAGUGACUACAGGGAUUCAGAAGAGCUGUUGCAAUUUUUUUCCAAUAUACAUAAACCCAUGUUUUGCCAGCUUGCACAGGAUGAAGGUAGUUAUGUUGGUGGCUUUGCAGUGGUUGAAUAUAACACUGCGGAGCACGCCGAAGAGGUUCAACAAGUAGCGGAUGGCAUGACCAUCAAGGGAAGCAAAGUCCAAGUUUCCUUCUGUGCUCCAGGAGCGCCAGGGAGAAGUACGUUAGCAGCAUUGAUAGCAGCUCAACGUGUGAUGCACAGUAAUCAAAAAGGCUUACUUCCAGAGCCAAAUCCUGUACAAAUUAUGAAAAGUUUAAACAAUCCUGCCAUGUUACAAGUUCUUCUACAGCCCCAGCUCUGUGGGCGAGCUGUUAAACCAGCAGUUCUCGGAACACCUCACAGCUUGCCCCAUCUGAUGAACCCAUCCAUCUCCUCCGCGCUUUUGCAUUUGAAUAAAGCACAUCAGAGCACAGUUCUGGGUAAUACUUCCAGUUUACUCCUUCAGAAUCUUUCUCAUGUACCCCUGGCACAGCAACAGUUACUGAAGUUUGAGAAUAUUCCUACUAAUAACAAACCCGGCUUACUUGGAGAUCCCCCAGCCGUGGUGCUUCAAACCGCAGUAGGGAUAGGGUCAGCACUUCCUUUGAAAACAGAGUUGGGUCAUCAUGGAGAAGCACAUAAAACAUCUAAUCUGAUUCCAACUCCAACAACAAUAACAGCUGGCAUGGGCAUAUUACCAUUCUUUCCAAAUCAGCACAUUGCUGGACAAGCUGGGCCAGGCCAUGGGAAUACUCAGGAGAAACAGCCAGCCUCAGCGGGGAAGGCAGAAGGAAAUUUCUCAGGGUCACAGGCUUAUCUUCAGAGCUUUCCAAACCUUACUGCUGGAGGCUUGCUGACGGGACACCAUAAGCCACAGCAAAGUCAGCCAAGAGGCACGGAGAUAAGUUCAGGGGUGGCCUCUAAGAAUCAGACUUCACUAUUGGGAGAACCACCAAAAGAAAUACGGCUCAGUAAAAAUCCAUACCUGAACUUGGCAAGUGUGUUGCCCAGUGUGUGCUUAUCAUCCCCUGCAAGUAAAACCACUCUGCAGAAGACUGGAAUUGCAAGCAAUAUUCUGGAUGCAAUCUCUCAGGGAAAUGAAUCACAACACACAUUGGAGAAGUGCAUUUCUUAUUCCCAGCCCUUUGGUGAUUAUGCACAGGUAUCCUCUUUGAGAAAUGAAAAGCGAGGCUCAUCAUAUCUCAUCUCUGCCCCAGAAGGUGGUUCUGUGGAAUUUGUUGACCAGCAUUCUCAGGGCACAGGAGCAUAUUACAUGGAAACCUACUUAAAAAAGAAGCGUGUAUACUGAGUUAAGUUCUCUUCUUAUAACCUCAUAAGGUUUUUGCAGUAUCUCUGCUGUUCAUCGCUGCCUUAACUACAUUCAGACUAGCCAUAUCCUUUAAAUACGGGUUUCUAAUUUCCCAGAAGGAACUGUAUCGUGCAGCAAGCAGAAUUGCCAAAUAAAAAAUAAGUAGCAAUAAGAUAAGACAAUGGAGGACAUUUUCCAUUACAAUUAGAUGUAUCUUAAUUGGUAUUAACUUACAGUCCAUUGGAGAAAGUAACAAUGUUCCAAUAUUCCUUGUUUAGGACUGGGAAUAAUUUUGACACCAUAUAUAAAAGUAUGAAGCAAUAAAUGGGAAACAGUCUUGUUUCCUGAGCCUUAGAAGAAUGAAUUUCUUAUAUGCCAAUGUGCAUUUCAAUAUACUUUCCCUAGAAGUAAUCUCAUUUAUAGAUUUUUAGACCUUUUCCUAGAACUACAAGAGUGUAAGUACAAAAUGCAGUGCUGGUAAUGUCAUAAAGAUGCUCUACAUGCAAACUAAUUACCCCUACAUCAGUCCUGCAGUAUAAAAGCCAGAGUGAUGUCCAAGUUCUACACAACUGCAGAUGCUUUACUUUUAAUGUUCUCUACCUACCAUUUAUACCUUUUGUGAAAAACGAGCUAUUUUUGAAAAAAGAAAAAAGUAGCUUUGGUGAAAUAAUUUCAGGGGUUGGCAGACUACACCCUGGGGUUAAGUUCCGUCCUCCAUCUGUUUUUUAUACUGUCUGCAAGCUAAGACUGAGGUUUACAUUUUUAAAUGAAGUAGAAUAGACUUGAAUUAAGUUCUAUGAAAUUCACAUUUCAGUGUCCAUAUAUAAAAUUUUAUUGGAACACAAACAUGCUCAUUCAUUUACAUACUAUCUAGAGCUACUUGUGUGCUGACCCCUGGUCUAAUGGCACUAAUUCCCUAAUCCUUUAACUUCUGCAACAGACUUGUAAGUGGCAAGCAAUGUAGGUUUCUAUGUCUGAUUUCAUGGCAUAAACCAAUGAUGAUCUAAUUGCUAGAAAAAGGCCUAUUUUGAUCCUCAAAUGCCCUAUUUCCACAGUAUAGUUCAACAGUCAAUACUGCUCUUUCUGGAGGAGCACUAUAGAGUAACAAAUGUAACAGUUUUGAGCUAGUGAGUUAUACUUCAUUUUCUGCUUUGUCUCUUAUUCUUUUGUAGUGUUAGGCUGAAAAAUUAUCAGCUAUUUAAGUCAAUUUACUUUGGCAAGAAUUGUGUUUAUUGCAUAUAACUUUUGACAUCACCAUUUCCCGAAGACUUUGGUAUUAAACACGAGAAACCCUUUGCCACCUAGAAGUUUCCAGGUUUGUUCCUUGUGAUCCUAGUCUUUUUGAAAUCAGAUCAUUACAUAUCUUCUAAUCAGGUACCCUAUUCUAAUUAUCAAGUUUAAAAUUGAUACAUAUGACUUUUAAAGAAAUUGGUCUAAUUUGUUUCAUACAUUAACUUCUACUUGAAAGUGACAGCUAGAAAGUUAAUCACUAAGGAUUGGCAUCACUCAGUUGUGAUUCAGCAGAUGCAUAAUGGUUUCUCCAUGUUCUGCGCUUCUCCUUCCCAUUUCCUAUUGCAUUAAGCAUCUUCAGUGCUUAGUCACACCUCUGAAAAUACAACCAGCAGAUGGUGAAUUUUAAGUCAGAGCUGCAAAAUGAAAGCAGGAAGAGGGUGAAAGAACUAAGUACUUUGGAUGAUAGCCCAUGGGGAUCUGCCCUGUCACUGGAUAGAACAGAUAAGUAUAAAUCAAGUGGUGUUUGUAUUAAGGGCCACUACCAAACUCCCCACCCCCUUGCAAUGUCUAUACUGUUAUUUUUCUAUGUAAACAGUUUGAAUGCUUUGAAAGUGAAAUCUUAAUAUUAAAAGGCAUAUGCAUGUGAA